UACAGACCCGGAAGGGGAGAAAGCACGCCGUGCUGUGGGGGAUCUGUGAUCGGUGAGGUUCCUGAGAGGUUCUGCUGCUCUGAUCGGUUCUGAUACAGGUGUUCGAUCUGUGACGUCAUGUCGGUGGACGGCUGCGUGCCGGGACAGUUCGAUGACGCAGAGGAGGACAGCGACCAAUCACAGCCUGUGCAGAGCCAGCUGAGUGAUGUCACUGCGCGGCCUUCAUCAGAGCCUGAGGAGGAAGAGGAGGAGGAGGAGGAGGAGCCUGAUGAAGACGAUGAAGAGUGGGCGUGGCGUUCAGGUGGAGAUCUGACUAAACGAUACAUCAGGACAGGUGUGAACUGUCAGUCAAACAGACAGAAUCCAUCCAAUAAGGCGCUGCCAUCGACGCCGUCUGAUAAAGCCUUGAGGAAAUACGAAAACAAGAUCAACCUGGAUAAACUGAAUUUUGCUGACUCGGUGAUCAAUAAAGUGACGACUCUGCAGAAACAGAAAGACGCCGACACGUACCGAGUAAAGGACAAAUCAGAUCGAGCCACGGUGGAACAGGUUUUAGAUCCGCGCACUCGAAUGAUUCUGUUCAAGAUGCUGAGUCGGGGAAUUAUCAGUGAAAUCAACGGCUGCAUCAGCACGGGGAAGGAGGCCAACGUUUACCACAGCAGCACGUCGACUGGAGAAAGUCGAGCCAUCAAGAUCUACAAAACCUCGAUCCUGCUGUUCAAAGACCGGGACAAAUACGUGAGCGGAGAGUUCAGGUUCCGUCAUGGUUACUGUAAAGGUAAUCCCAGGAAGAUGGUGAGAACCUGGGCCGAGAAGGAGAUGAGGAACCUCAUCAGGCUGCAGACGGCAGGAAUCCCGAGUCCAGAACCACUUCUUCUAAGGAGUCACGUUCUACUGAUGAGCUUCAUUGGAAAAGAGAACAUGCCUGCUCCUCUGCUGAAGAACGCCUCUCUGUCUGAGUCCAAGGCCCGGGAGCUCUACCUGCAGGUUCUCCAGAACAUGAGGAAGAUGUUCCAGGAGGCCCGACUUGUCCACGCCGACCUCAGCGAGUUCAAUAUGCUGUAUCACGACGGAGACGCUUACAUCAUUGACGUGUCCCAGUCAGUAGAACACGAUCAUCCUCACGCUCUGGAGUUCCUCAGGAAGGACUGCAGCAACGUCAACGAGUUCUUUGUGAAACGCGGCGUGGCCGUGAUGACGGUCAGAGAGCUGUUUGACUUCAUCACCGAUCCUUCAAUCACCAGCAACAACAUCGACCAAUACCUAGAGAAGGCGAUGGUGAUCGCAGCUGAGCGGACAUCAGAAGAGCGAUCGGAUCAGGAUCGAGUCGAUGAGGAGGUGUUCAAGAAGGCCUAUAUCCCUCGGACUCUGACGGAGGUGAGUCACUACGAACGAGACGUGGACCUGAUGAAGUCCAAGGAGGAGGAGUCAGCCAUCAGCGGUCACCACGACAACAUCCUGUAUCACACGUUGAGCGGGCUGAAGAAGGAUCUGUCUGGCGUUCAGACGGUUCCUGCUCUCCUGGAGAACGACCACCCUUCAUCCUCAGACGACGACGAUGAGGAGGAGGAGGAGGAGGAGGAAGACGAGGAGGAUCAUCAGGAGCAGAGCGAGGAAACUCCAACUGACAAAAAGGAGAGGAAGAAGAUGGUGAAAGAGGCUCAGAGAGAAAAAAGAAAAACCAAAGUUCCCAAACACGUCAAAAAGAGGAAAGAGAAAGUUUCAAAGAUGAAGAAAGGACGAUGACAUCAUCCUCUGUUAACCAAUCACAGCUGUUGGACAGUUCAAGUGGAGAUGGGAGCUUCAAUGAAACAUAAUGAAGUUUAGAAUUCAGCCAAUCAGAUCAUCAAGAACCCUUCUGAUGACAUCACUGUGUUCCAUACUUGCUUUGAAGUAACCUGAUGGACAGGAUGUGACAUCAUCAAAGACUCUAAUAAACGUUUAGUCAGCAGAA